GUGCUACCGAUGGCUCCAUGCUGUUUUAUCGGAGGUUGGUUGAUCGAAAAAUUUGGAAGACGACAAACUCUUCGUACGUUAGGCAUACCCUUCUUUAUUGGUUGGAUUAUCAUCAUAUUUUCAACAAAUUUCACCCAAAUGAUUAUAGGAAGAUUUAUAAACGGGUGUUCGAUUGGGUUAUUGAAUCCUUCCAUGUCGGUUUUUAUUAGUGAGUCCUCUAGUCCUAAAUUGAGGGGUAUGUUUUUGGCUCUUCUCUCAUUUUCCUUUGCACUAGGUAUUUUUGUGUCACAUUUAAUCGGAACAUGGGUGUCAUGGCAGGGCACUGCAAUAAUAAGCGCUUUCCUUCCUAUGGCUUCAGUUAUCAUACUAGCGUUUGUUCCCGAAAGCCCCGUGUGGCUUUUAUCUAAAGGUAAAAUUGACGACGGAAUUAAGGCGUUUUAUUGGCUAAGAGGAUAUGGCGAAAACGCCAAAGACGAAUUAAAAGCCAUGAUCGAAAAAUUCAAGUCUACUGAACCAUCAACUGGAGUGUGGCGAAAUGACUUAAAAAAAUACAACACUCCAAAAUUCUUUAAGCCACUGAUUAUAACAAUAACAUUUUAUUUAACAUGUCACUAUUCUGGGGUCCACACAAUCACGUUUUAUUCUGUCGAUAUAAUAGAAAAAGCUGUGGGCGGUGGUAUAGAUCGCUAUGUAGCUAUGUUGACUAUCGAUGCGUUGAGGGUAAUUACCACAUUAAUUACUUUUUUGACGAGCAAAAAUUGUCCACGACGAACAUUGUGUAUACUCAGCGGCAGUUUGACUGCAGCAUCUAUGAUCGACGAUAAGACUAUCAAAGUGUCGAUGUCGUCAAGAAAGAUUACAGAAGCAACCAAAUCAUAA